UUUCUUCUUCUGGCGGAUCUCGAGGAAGCGACACAGCAAUGGCAGCGACCUUGUAUAGAGCAUGGUGUUCAUAACAGUUUAGUUAGUUAACCUAAAAUGCUCAUAUAUCGACCACACGAAGUGACAGUUUGGUGUUAGUUUAGUGUCCGUUUCAAGGUGAACAUCAUGAUUUCCUUCAUUAAGGCUGCUGUCGGUGGAUUGACCGGCAUCAGUAGAGUCCAUGGUCACCAAGGUCUUUUGCACAGCCACUUGAAAGUCCUCGCUGCUGGGUUGAAGACGUAUGAAAUCCCUCCAGACUACAGUGAUGUGGUGUUGCCGGAGAAACCCAAACUGAAGUUUGUGAACAAGGUACCUAACUUCAAAAAGGCCAAGAAAGAGAUGAAGAAGCUACGGGAUAUCCAAGGCCCAGCUAGGGCGGCAAAUACCUUCACUACAGGACAGUAUGCUAUUGUGGCGUUGGGAGGGGGCUACCUUCAUUGGGGUCACAUAGAGAUGAUUCGUCUGACCAUCAACCGCAAGAUGGAUUCGCGGACUACAUUUGCCCGCUGGCGCAUCAAUGGCCCAUAUAAGCCCAUCACACGUAAAGGUCUGGGUCAGCGCAUGGGUGGGGGCAAGGGAGCCAUCGACCACUAUGUGACACCUGUCCGCUACGGACGUUUAAUCGUAGAGGUGGGAGGAAAGGUGGAGCUGGGGGAGGUUGAGCAUAUCUUGAUUGAAGUUGCAAAGAAGCUGCCCUUCCCUGCCAAGGUAAUGAGCAGAGAGAGCCUUGCAGCCCUGCACAAGAAGCAAGCUGAUAUGGAGCAGAACAACCAGAAUCCCUGGACCUUCAAGCAGAUAGCGCACGGCAACAUGCUGGGUAUCAGGAGGGUGCUCAGCCCCUUUGACCUGCACAACCAUGGAUGCUUCACAGGCAAAUUUCACCUCCCGGGGAGGGUGUGACAGGCCUGAAGGACAGAAAUCAAUACUGUAUCAUAUUGUGACACCAUCCAGACCACACCAUUGAAGAAGCAACCAAAAUUUUGAAAGGGUCUGACUUUCAGUCAUAUUUUGGAAUCUUCUUUCAUUUUUGUUUUAUAACACAAAUGUAUUUCACAUUUUGUUAAAGGGAUAUUUUUUCCCUUUUCUGCUUAAAAACUAAUAAACUAGAUUAUGUAUUUCAGUUUCA